AUCAUGCAGAUUGACUGUUGAUACUCGACUCUACAUUGUAGCUUCCUUUUAUGUUCAUUGGGUAACCAUUAACCCUGGCAUCAGCAGUGGAUUUCUCUCACUCUUCUACAUAUUUGGUGGCAUCUCAAUGCAGACUAUCAGAAAGUCUGAGUGCCCUAGAGAGCUUGAACCUGCAGAUAGGAGGUCCUCUGUUCAUGUCAAUCUAAUAAGAAGUGUCAAUCUAAUAAGAAGAAAUGACAACUGCCCUGAACCAGAGAGGCACCAUGUUCCUGGUUCUUGGAACUUUGUAAUUAAUUCAGUCUCCUCAGGAACCAAUGAUCAAAUGGAUAUGGAGGACAGCAUGGUGGAGGAUACUGUUCAAGCAUCCACGCCUAUAGCUCCAAUAUUUGGUCAACCUCCUGUCUUACCUCCUCAAUCUGGCUCUGUGUUUGGUUCAGCCAACUCCACCAGCAGCAAAUCCCUUCCAAUUUGCCCAACAGAGUUCGGGCACCCCACAGAACCUGUCUCCAUUUCAGGCUACGAACAGUUUAGGAGGGAGCUUUUCAGUGGGUGAUGGUUGGGACAAGUCUGGCCGGAAUAUUGUCAGAGUUAAUCAUAACAAGUCUCGGAAGAAGUGAAUCUAUCAACCAUUAUAGACCAUCCGUUUCCUUGUCAGGAGCUACCGUUGCAACUGAUGGACAAAUAAUUAUAAUGGUAAGAGUUCAACAGAAAGAGACUGUUGUUUCUGUUGGUAAGCUGGAUUCGAUUGGCGCUGAAAAAGGUAAAUGAGCCUCAUUAGGUGUAAAAUUUGAUGAUUCUCUGAGCUCUUUUACAAAUUUUUCUCGUUAUCAUGGUUGUGGUGCAGUCAGUCACAAAGGUUUCACAAUUUUGUAUUCAGUGUAGCAAAUCAGAGAAUUUGUGUUGUACUAAUAGUUGUCUUUCAUAGAAUUUGUGUUGUGUACUCUUUAUUUGUAACAUAAAAUAGAGAAAGCUGAAGGUCAUGAAUCUGUUUAAGAGAGCAGAUUGCUCCCAA